AUGGCCGCAACUAGCUCAAUAACAAACCUCUUCGACGUGACGGGUAUUGUCGCGGUAGUGACCGGCGGCGGAAGUGGGCUCGGCCUGGAAAUGACGCGGGCACUAGCAACCAACGGUGCAAAGAAAGUCUACAUCAUUGGACGAAGGAGACAUAUCCUGGAUCAAGCGGUGGCUGAAAUCGGCCAAGACAACAUCAUCCCAAUCCAGUGCGAUGUCACGGAUCCAGACGCCCUAAAAUCCGCGGUCGCAUUCAUCGAGAAAGACAUCGGCUAUAUCAAUCUCCUUGUUGCCAACUCCGGCAUCGCCGGGCCCUCGGGGAGCGUACCUUCUGGGUCGAGCAUCCCGCAGGUGCAGGAGGCCUUGCUCCGAAUCUCCAUGCAGGAGUUCACGAAUACCUUCCACGUGAACUGCACGGCCGUGUUCUACACGGCCAUUGCGUUCCUCGGACUGCUCGAUGCAGGGAACCAGACCCAGAACGACUACGCCCGCAAGGGCUGUCGGAGUCAGGUGAUCGCGACCAGCAGUAUCGGGAGCUUCAAUCGACGCAUCACGGCGGGGUUCGCGUACGGAGCCAGCAAGGCCGCGACCACGAUGCUGUUGAAGGUGCUGGCGACGUACCUGGUGCCGUAUCGGAUCCGAGCGAAUGUGCUUUGUCCUGGAUUGUUUCCAACCGAUUUGACGACGGACCUGAUUCAUGGCAAGAGCCCCACGGAGGAAGGGGCGUUCCCGCUGGAUCAAAUCCCGGCUGAGCGCGCUGGUACCCCCGAGGAUAUCAUGGGCCCGCUGUUGUAUUUGGCCUCGCGCGCUGGGGCGUACUGUAAUGGGAAUUGUGUGCUUACUGAUGGUGGUCGGUUGAGUGUUAUGCCUGCUACUUAUUAGCACGGCGGUAUGGAUCGGGCCUAGGGAUAAAAGAGUGUGAUUUUCCAUUCAAGGAUAAGAUCGGUUCAUGAAUUCUAGCUUUUUAAGUCCCUGUGUCCGUCUGAUUAGUGUCUAUCUAGGGUAGAACCGGGGCAUAAAAAAAAGGUUCGGCAUGGAAGUUCAUUGAGCCUAGGUAGUUGGACAAAAUAUCGAGAGGCUGUAGGUAUAAGGAGCGCACAUUCACACUCUUAAUGCCAAUUUUUCGUCAUUCCUGGUGGGACACAAGAGACGAUAGUGUUCAGUAUAUGCAGCGGAGAUCCUAAAUCAAAA